UCUUGUAGCGCUUCGGUUGUAUCUCACAUUUGGGCUGAGUGCAGUGCUACUUCUGCUCUCGCUAUCAAUAAUUAUGUCCUGUGCCAAAAUUGAAGCAAAAGUGAAGUUUCAAGCAUUAUUAGCGAAAUGCAGGAGCAAAUGUGUGGAGCCGAAAGCUUUUGCGUGCCUGCAGAAAUUUUUGAGUGAAAAUGAAAGUGAAAAUGCAAAUAAAAAUUGGAAGUUUUUGAAAUUUUGUUUGUUAUUUGCGGUGCUCGCUUAUGGAUAUAAUUACUACUGCAAUGAAUUAUCCUCGAAGCGCUGUCUCUUGGAGUUACCACGCACGCUUCGCUAUGUAUUUCGGCCGCCUGAAGAGUGCGCCUUUUGUAAGAACAUAGAAAGUGCAAUACGUUUACGUGGCAUAACGAGUGAGGAUUUUGCAUCGAGAUAUGCCUACACUGGCGGACCGGUAAUUGUGGAGGAUGCAACGAAGAACUGGACAGCAACAACGAAAUUCAAUUACUGGUAUUUCCGUGAUGUUUACACAAAUGCAAAACGUAAACAAAAAAUACUCGAUUGCCAAUUUCUGCCAUACAAAACGGGUUUUAAAAAUCUUCUGAAAGCAUUGGAAAUGCCUAAAGAGCGAGUGGAAUAUCAACCCGGCAGCCAGCCAUGGUACUUCGGUUGGAGUAAUUGCAAUCCGGAGACAGCUGAAGAGUUUCGCAAACAUUAUGGACGUCCCUACUUUUUACCGCCCACUUCUGAGAAUAAUGCCGUAGAUUGGUUUUUCAUCGGAACAGCGGGUUUGGGUGCACAAAUGCAUAUUGACAACGUCCGUUUGCCCUCGUGGCAAGCGCAAUUGUCGGGCAGUAAACGUUGGCUACUCGCACCACCACCAGAAUGUUAUUUCCAAUGCAAGCGCUUUGAUACGAUUGUACGGAAGGGCGAUAUAAUUGUUCUGGACACAAAUAAAUGGUAUCAUCAGACAUUCGUGCAGCCUGGAGAGGUUAGUCUAACCAUUGGCGCAGAAUAUGAUUAAGAACGAUUUGAUGGAAAAUAGAAAAGUAACCGUUAUAACAUUGAAUACUAGAUUUUUAUUGUAAG